AUGGAGAGCAGCGGGUUGGGCGUAGGCGUCCGCCUUAUCUGCAAGGCAGAGAUGACGAGCACCUGGGAAUUUGAGGAGCCGUUGUACCCAUCUCUGCAGAAUGUACAUUCCAGAGAUGUGCCCUGCGAGCUCGUCAGGGUAAACGCGCCGUCAUCAUUAGUUGAGCCUCUUCAUGUCUACCUUCAUGCGGCGCUGUCGAAAGAGAAGGACUUGUUGGGCAAGUGGCGGGCGCUGUUCAUGAGAUAUUACCAAUCAGAGCGAAAGCUUUGGGACUCUGCAUUCCUUCGAUUUGAACCGCAGUAUCGAUUAAAACAGAUUGAAGGCAUUUUCAAGAAGGUCAAGCGAGGGAAUGUUGCAAAGAAGCCGGUUGUACGAGUCAGCGCCGUGGUGGCCUUGCAGCGCGGGGGUGGUCCGGGCAGCAGGCAAGUUUUGCUUCUUAUGACUGCACAGGACUGCCGCCCAGGGCUGGAGCAAAACGCAGGUGGGGCUGCCGAGGAGGGGCAAAGAGAGGAUGAGAGCGCUGGCCUUGACGCUGCCAUACAAAGGUCAGGCCCGGAGACACUAGAGUCAGGGCAGGCAGAAGCGGCGUUCGCGAGGCCGGAUGCCGGCAGUUUAGGAGAGCACGGGAGUGCUGGCGCACGUAGGGGAGAGAAGCAUAUGGUGGGGGCACCAAAAGAGGAGAACGUGGGGAAGGUGGUGAAGAGCGGCAGUGGAGGCCCUAAUAGCGCAGUUGCCAGCACUUCGAGCUGUCAAGCUGCCUCGGGCAUCGAGGGAGGGGUCAAUGGCGCCGCAGGAUCGCUGGAGUAUGAGUCACCCAUAGGGGACAAGUCUCUGCGGAUGCUGACGGUAGAGGAGCGAGAGAUGCUGCAAAUGCCAGACGCGGCUGACGCUGUGGGAAGUGGGUCGUAUGGAACAGUGUACGAAGUGUUGAUUGAAGGGGGGUCUUCUUGGGCUAGUGUCUUUCCUGAUCGUGUUGGGACCAGGGUUGCUGUAAAAGAGUAUCGCGGCAGAGGCCUGACUUAUCAUCACAGUACUGUGUACACAGUCCAAAACCUUUCGUACGAGGUCAUUCUAGCAUCGGCCUUCUCGCACGACAACGUCGUGAAGCCCUUCGCUGUGUGCAUCGGCGGCUCUGGUUUACCACUGGCUUUCUUCCCUUACUUCAAUCAGGGAUCUUUAGGUUCUGUCCUUCAAAAACGGGAUGACCGCAGCUUGGAGAAGCCCCUCGCUAAGAUUAUGCGGAAGGCCAAGGUUCUUACCGACUUGUGA